AUGUUCACUAAAUUUGGUUAAUAGUUAAAACCCAUUGGCAAUAGAUCGUCGUCUGAAACUAAGAAGGAAUAAGCUAACCAAAAAUAAAACUUUUAAAUAACCCAAAAGAGAUAGAAGAGUGAAUCAAAAGUAAGUGAAGAAUAGAAAUCGCUCUUUUAGAGUAUAUCUACACAAAGGGGAAAUGUAAGAUUACCUGAUUUAAACAAAUCGCAAAAACAAAUUGAAAAGUCAAUAUCUGGAGGUGAUAUCACUAAAAAACCUCCUCUAAUGAAAAGUAGAAUCAUCAUUGACACCAAAUAAAAAUAACAGUAGUAAUAAUAAUAGUCUUUGACGUAAUCAAUGACUAUAAAGAAUAAAAAUGAUGAGAGUAUUUAGCAUAGUCAAUAAUAAAAAGAAAAGGUGAAGGUCUCCUAUUUUAGUUAAUCACGACCUGGUUAUGAUGGAAUAUCUGAGAAAACUAAUUAAGAUAGAGAACUCUGUUUAUAGUUAGAUGAAAAUAAUUAUGCAUUUGUAGUAAUGGAUGGUCAUGGAAUGGAAGGAGAAUAAGUUAGCGGUUUUGUUAAGGAACAAUUGAAACUUAAUUUGAAUAAGUUUUAUAAGCUAUUUGACUUUCAAAAGAUAUUUUUGGAUAUCCAUUAAAAGAUGAAAUUGCAGACAGCUUUUGAAUGUUAAUUCUCUGGAACAACUGCAACUGUACUACUUCUAAAAGAAAACAAUAUACAAUGCGGUUGGGUAGGUGAUAGCAGAGCCAUUCUAGUGAGGAAACAUCAAGAUUUAUCUGUUAUUGAAUUAUCAGUAGAUCAUAAGCCUCAUUUGGAAGGAGAACGAAAGAGAAUAGAAUAACAUGGGGGAGUUGUAGAUACAUAUCAUCUUCCAGGUGGAGCACCCAUAGGACCAUCGAGAGUAUGGGCAAAGGGAGCAUAAUUUCCUGGUUUGGCAAUGAGUCGAAGUUUAGGAGAUUUGGUUGCUGCAUCUAUUGGAGUAUCUCAAAUACCUGAGUUAAAAAUAGUAGAUAUGGUGAAUAAAGAGGAUUUAUUUAUUGUAUUAGGAUCUGAUGGAAUCUGGGAGUUUCUUAAUAAUAAAACUAUAGCAGAAUUGGUUUAUCCAUUUUAUAUGAAGAACGAUCCUUAAGGAGCUUGUUAAAAGAUUAUUUAGGAGGCUGUGGCUGCUUGGAAAAUGCAUAGUUAGGGAAUAGAUGAUAUUACUGCAAUAGUUAUAUUCUUUUAAUAUGGAUUGUGA